UACUGACGGCAAACAGUUUCCAAUCGGAUCGACAGCUACAUAGUAGGCACCCUUGGCGACGGCCUCGACGACCAUGUCCACAACAUCUUCAAGAAAGCCAUGAUAACCGCAAGUCUCUGGACCCUCCAAGAUAUCUCAUCAAUCGACCACCUCAUCCAGUCUCUUUGUUCUCAAGUCAGGAUCAAUGAACGAAACGCUAGAGCCGCCAACAAGUCUCUGGAAGCCGCACUUGACUCGUAUGACCUCAUGAACAAGAGUGUCACAUUGCAGACCACCGAGCAUUGUAGACUGCUCGACAAACAGGAGCUAGAGAGACAAGAAAGUUUGGAGGACAUGCUUGCGGAAGUCAAGGAGAGCAAGAACAACACUGUCAAGCUGGUCGCAGAGCUCGGCGAGAUGAGAGACAAGUUGAACCGAGCAGACUCCGACUCCGGGUCCGUUGAAGACAGUGGCAAGAGACCAAAACACACGACAAAGGCAUCGACCGGCAACUUCAGCAGCGACAGCACAGAAAUUGAAGACGGGGUCUCAGAGCUUGUGAAGGUAUUCAGACGAUUCGAUGGACAGCAUGCAAUCGAAUAUGUCACGGAGGCUGCAGAGACGAGAAAGAGAAAGAGAUUUGUGGACUCUGACGGUAUCGAUGUCGAUAUCCAGAUGCCGGACUAAGAGACCGACGAGCAGAGCAAGAGGAAUUUGGGAAGGAGGGCUCAACGACAACUUAGAAAGUAGGUUUCUUCCAAGGAGCAUAAUCAUGGCCACAGACAUUGAAGAAUGAUCGAAUGAAAUACAAGAAGAUAAUCAAGACGAAACAAGCACCCUAUCACUGCUGAUGCACGAAAUGCGAAUCCUCUCUCAAGUCCGCCCUGCGAGGCACUUUCGG